GACGUUAGCGGCGCUGCUUGAGGCCCACUCUAUUAGUCUUGGUGGAACUCCCCGCGUGCCAGCCUAACUGUCCGCGCGUCACGUAAUCAGGCGGGAAGUUGGGGGCGGGCCGGGCCGGGCGGAGAGGGGUCGCGCUGUUGGUAAGGGGCUGGGGGUCGCGCGCCCCGCAGCGCCGCUAUGACGCGGCUUCGGGCCCGCGCCCCGAUGCUGCACCUGCUCCUGCUCGUCGCGCUGCUGCCGCGCCCAGGCCUGGCCGGCUCCGGAUCCGCGGGGCGCCCGCCCAUAGUGUCUCCACCAACAAAUGUUGAAAUGGAAUCCUUCAACUUCAAGACUUUAUUGCGCUGGGAUUACUCAAGCAUGGUUCCAAAUGCUCGUUUUACUGUCGAAAUCAAACCCUAUCAAUUAGGGUACUAUGCGCAAAUCAGCAGCUGCGUGAACAUUUCGCGUCAUCAUUGUGACCUCUCUGAGAACAUAACCGAUCCAUUGCUCUCACACUGGGCUAAAGUUAAAGCUCAUGUUGGUUCAGAAGAAUCCAGUUUUGUUGAAUCUAAAGAAUUUAUUCUGGCUAACCAGGGUAAAAUAGGUACACCUACACUGACUGUUUUAACUCAGGGCAAUGAACUGAAGGUUGAUAUCUUCCACCCUGCCUGUCUACCUGAGAAUCUUCUUGACUCUUGUGAGGAAGUUGACUAUCUAGUGUAUUUUUGGGACCAUGAAAAUCAGACUAAAGAACUUAAGACAGACUUGGAAUCAUGUGAGGAGCAUAAAUGCAGUAUAAGCUUUUUAGUUCCUUCUUCAGGUUUAACCUACUGUGUCUCAGCUAAAGUUAAUUCAUGGUGUGAAAUGCGUGGCGACCGGUCAAAUGAAACUUGUGUUCAUGUUCCUUUGAAACUGCAACUAGCAAAUAUUGUAAUUGGGGCUGCCACUGUCCUUGCUUUUGGACUAAUUUUGGCAUCAUACCAUGUUUACAACCAGCUAAAGAAGAAAAAUAUUAAACUUCCCAAGUCUCUGGUUGCUGUGGUAAGAAACCUGAACUCGCGCCACACCUUAGAAAUUAAACAAGAUACAAAGUAUAUCUCUGUCAUAACCUCAUCAUCAGCCAAGACGCCAGUAUGUGAUAAGGUAACUGCGAUAGAACAAGAAACUGGGACUUCUAGCCCCAAGGACAGCUGUGAAGAAGCAUGCUCUGUCAAUUCCCAGGAAACAUCAAGCACAACAGAAGAGGGGAGCAUUCAAGAAAGCACUUCGCAGUUAUCUCCGAAUACUGAACAGAGUUCUGAUGUAAAAGAUAAUUAUUUUACUUCUAAUAGUAGCCAAAUGGAAUUGCAUGAGGAGCUCUCUUCAAACUCCAAGCCUCCCACCACUGAAGUUCAAAACUCAGUGAACCAAAUCACAUUUUCUGGCUAUGACAAACCUCAUGUGCCCUUAGAUGUGCUCGUAGAUGUUGGGGAGCAGGAAUCUAUGAUUGAAUAUAGACACUAACUGCAAGGUUGACUGUAACAUUUAGCCACGAGUUCGGAAGAACAGCAUUACUGAGGACUACACAAUGUCACUUAUAAUCCUUGUAUUGACAUCUAGAAGUUUUGCAAACUUCACUGCAUGUGGGCUUUCCAGUAUAUGGAAAUCAGAAUCCUGAAAAUUAAGUGGGAAUCAUAAUAGAGAUUGAUGCUAAUGUAGCUGACAGCAUAACAAGUAGGUCUAGUAACCUGUCAAUUUUCAGAAGUGUGUAUAUAACACAGUUAUAUUGUCUGCUAUAGAAAUCAGUGCUUUGUUAAUGGUAGUGUACAAGUAAGGAAUUUUCAUACGCAUAAAGGCUUUGUGGAUAAAAGGCAAGUCAUUUUUUGCCGUCCUGGCCCUUUAUACACAUCUUCCUUCUCAAACAUUUAGCAACAAUGGGAAUCUUUUAGUCCCUUCGUCAUUACUAUUUUGGAGAUCAGCUUUCCUCUUUUAUAGAACAAUUGUCAUAUCAAAGAACUUUCCAGCACGUUCUAUCUUUGCUAAAUCUUUUUACAUUUAAGAAUCAUUUAUGUACUAUAUAUUGAUUUUGGAAUGUGACUAGAUGACCUAGACCAGAAUUGAUGGUAUCCUCUCUGGAACAACAACAAUCUUUGUAAGCCGGCAUUAAUCGAAACAAUGCAAACCACUUCAUAGUUUCAUAGUAGCUAGGGUCAGGAGGGACCUGAACAGAUCAUCUAGCCUGACCCCCUGCCACAGGCAGGAAUGAAUGCUGGGUUCACAAGACCCCAGACAGGUGAUUGUCCAACCUCCUCUUGAAUUUGCCCAAGGUAGGGGCGAGGACCACUUCUCUGGGAAGUUGGUUCCAGAUUUUGGCCACCCUGACUGUAAAAUAUUGCCUUCUGAUCUCUAACCUAAACCUAUUCUCCAUCAGCUUAUUUGUUCCUCGUCACCCCAGGUGGUGCUGGGGAGAAAAGGGCUCUACCUAUUUGCUGUUGAUUUGCCCUGAUGAGUUUGUAGGCAGCCACCAGGUCCCCCCUGAGCCUCCUCUUGCUGAGGCUGAACAGGUUCAGGUCCCUCAGUCUUUCCGCGUAGGGCCUGUCCUGCUGCCCUCUCACCAAGCGGGUGGCCCUCCUUUGAACCCUCUCCGUGCUGGCCACAUCCCUUUUGAAGUGCGGCGCCCAGUACUGGACGUAGUACUCCAACUGCGGCCUGACCAUGUUGCAUAGAGGGGGAACAUCACCUCCCUGGACCGGCUUGAGAUGCACCUUUGGAUGCAUGACAAGGUAUGGCUGGCCUUGCUGGCUGCGGUCUGGCAUUGGCGGCUCAUGUUCAUCUUGGAGUCAACAAUGUUUCCAGGAUCCCUUUCUGCCUCCGUGCUUUCAAGAGGGGAACUCCCCAGCCUGUAUGUAUGCUGUGGAUUCCUUCUCCCAAGGUGCAGCACCCUGCAUUUAUCUACAUUGAACCCCAUCCUAGUCUCAUCUGCCCACAUUUGUAGUCUGUCUAAAUCUAGUUGCAGCCUCCCUCUCCCUUCAAGUGUGUCCAUCUCGCCCCACAUCUUGGUGUCAUCAGCAAACUUGGACAGUGUGCUUUCUACCCCCUUGUCCAAGUCGCUGAUGAAGAUGUUAAACAGUGCAGGCCUGAGGACCGAGCCCUGGGGUACCCCACUGCUCACAUCUCGCCAGGUUGAGUACAACCCGUCCACCACUAUUCUCUGGGUGUGCCCCAUCAGCCAGUUUUUUACCCAUCCAACUGUGCAGGCAUCAAUGCUACAGUCGCUUAAUUUAUUGAUGAGGAUGGGGUGAGAGACUGUGUCAAAAGGCUUCUUAAAGUCUAGAAAGACUAUGUCCACAGUGACACCGUCAUCCAAGGAUUUAGUUACUUGGUCAUAAAAGGCAAUGAGGUUGGUCAGGCAGACCUGCCUUUGAUGGACCCUUGCUGAUUGCCUCUGAGCAUGAUCUCCCCUGCAGGCCUCCCCACGGAUGUGUUUCUUGAUGAUUCUCUCCAAGAUCUUCCUGAGCACUUCCUUAAAAAGCAUGUACUGUAAAUAUUAACAUUUUUGUUGAAACAGCUAUCUUUUAUGUUUACAGGUUUAUUAAUUUGUUUUGUGUAUAGAUCCUAUAUUGUGCAAUUCACAUGUUACCCUUGGGGAAAGUGGUAUGUUAGCAUGCUGAAUAAUGAUCAGGAAACGGUUACUGUUGACUAGCUGUUUUUCCUCAAAGGAAUGUAAUUUACAUAAAUUAAUGGAACUCUUAGCAAUCUUUUUUGCCAGAUUGAAAAUAUUUACCAUUCUUUUUCAACCAUUAGGACAAUAAGAUAUUUUUGGUAAUUUGCUGUAGUUACUUAAUUUGAUCACUUGAUGGCGUUCUGGAUUCUAAAGUUUAAAGCCAUCAAAAUUAAAAUAGAUUUAGAUUUUUUUUCUCUGUUCUAUUAAAAGGCUUCUGAGGCCAGCUGAUCAGUUUUAAAUAGUGUGUCACUGGACAAAAUUUGAAGAUGAGAUGCCUUCUUUGUAGGAAGUAUUUAAAAUCUCAGUGAAGUUAGAAACCUUCAUUCAGGAAAGUCAGAAUACUAUGCAGGUAGAUAAUGCAUACAUAGUUCAGAGCCUCUUUGGUUUAAAUAGAGAAUGCACUUUUUAUGUGUAUUGUAAGUGGCUCCCCACUGAAUAGAAUGGAAUGUCACAGUGAUUUGCUCAUGAUCCAUGUUGGAUUGCUGUAUUUUGUAUUUGGUAUAAGGAGUGUUUCUGGGUUUUGGGAUUUUUUUUCCUAAAUAUGAAUAGCAAUAAUCAAAUCUUGAUUUCUAAAAGUUUAGAUCACUGUGGUCAGGUCUGAGAGCUGUCCACUUCUUGACCAGAGAACUGAAGUUUGACAGACAGGGUUUUGCUCAGCUUUUUAAUCUCUUUUUAGAAAAAAAGUUCUUGAUGCUAAGCAUUAAUUUGCGGAGUCAGGGCUUCUAAGUGAGGGCUGGGGUGGCACAGGUACUAGGGUGUGCAGUUGACAGCUCUGUCAUAGCUUGGCCACACUAGCAGCGGCAAUGGUGUCCUGUGGCUGUACAUCACAUGUCAUUCCGCCACUGCACCGCAAGUUGGGGCAGCCCAGGCUCCCCCACCCAGAGGCAUAGCAGCACAGCUCCAUGCCUGGGGCAGCACCAGCUGUCAUAGUACCACAUGCAGCAGCAAUUAGCUGCUAGUAUGGUCAUAGCUAUGCCCUUCUACAAAGGUAGCACCUGAGGGUGCUGCCCUCAUUGACACCUUGUCAUUGCUGCUGUUGCACUACACUCUUCUGUCCCCUGGGAUGAGGAAGAAGAAGCUGGAGGGAGAGGAAGCCCAGAGACCCCAGCUGCAACCAGAGCAGUGGGAGCCCAGGGGCUGCAGUUUAACCCCUAGGCCAGGUAUAGAAAUUACCAGUAUAAGUGGUCAGAAACUGUUCUACACCUGUAAUGGAACAGGAGUUUGGUGCACACAGGGUGAUUUUUAAAAAUGACAGAACCUGAUCUAAAAUUUGCUGUUUCCCUUCCCCACUUCUCCUUCCCCAAGGCAAGUGUGUGUAUGUGUUGUUCACUAUGAAUCUAAACUAUGCCACUUAUAGAAAACUACAUAACCUAGAAGGGGGCAUAGGCCAUGUAUUGGGAGUGCGGGGGGCAAAAGCCAUGCAUGGGAGGGGGUGUACAUGCCCCCAUAUAUUUCAGUUCCCACAGUGGGGCUGCAGUGGGGCUUGACCAGCUCUGGGCAGGUGCCAGGGCCCAGUGAGCAGGACUCGGCACAGGAAGAAGUGCUGCACCGCCAUGGUUGCCAAGGUGAGGCAUCUCCUGCCCACUUGGCAGCAUCAGGGAGCACAACCUCCCACACCAAGUCCUGCUCACUGGGCUGCGGAGGCAGUGCCUGGUCUAGCCUGACUGCAGGCCCACAUCUUGCUGUGGUCACAGAAAUCUGGGGAGCAUGUGUCCCCUCCCCAAUGUAUUGCUUAUGCUCCCCUACCUGUGUCACAGCCCCACGUCACUGCCAUGCCUUACCAUGACAGCAUGGCACUCCCUCCCACACCAGGUCCUGCCCACUGGGCUGCGGAGGUAGUGCCUGGUUUAGUCUAACUGCAGGCCAACAUGCCACUGUGGGCACAGAAAUCUGGGGGAGCAUCCCCCCCCCCCCCAAUGCAUUACUUAUGCUUCCCCACCAGUUGGGACUGAGGGGCACCAGCAGAGCUGGAGGGGCAGUGGGUCGAGAGUGAGGUACAAUGGCAUAUCAGGGCUAUACAGCACCACAGAGUGGUGGGGGGAGAUGACAACCGCAGCUGGACCCACAUCCUAGUGAGUGAAGGGGGCAAGGGGAGCUCUGAUUUUUCCAUGAUAAAAAAAAAAACCCAAAUCAAAUGCCAAAAUAUAGGUAUUUAGGAUUUAUUUAAUUAUAAUGAUUGAGGUGCUGGCGGGUUUCCAAAUUGCUUUAAAAUUGUAAAUACAGUAAAAGCUGCAUUAUCCAGCACCUUACAAGCUGGCAUACUCUAUUAACCAGCAUGCUGGCUUGUAAGGUAAAAGCAAAACCAGAAGUGCCCACCGUGGUACUUCCAGUUUUGCCAAGCCCCCAUGGCCUGGGACAAAGCAGCCUGCGCAGGGCCUGCCUCCCUGUCCCUCAGCACCCACGGGAGGGAUGGCGACACACCAGAUGCAGCAGGAGAGGUAGCAGCCCGAACAGGUAAAGACGCCUGUUCAGGCCUCUCGGGUAAUAUAUAGAUACAAUAUAGAAAAACGGCUUUGGAGAAAAUCAGAGAAUUUGGAUUUUUAAACAGAAAACCAGGAUCCCCGGUAAUCAUACAGUUUGCUCUGUCUAAAUUCCAGCUAUUCUUUGCCACAAUGAGAAAGUCUUAGAAGCAAUAUGCUUGAUCUGUUGUUUCAGUAUCACACCUGGAAAUACUGAUUUCUAUAAUUUCUCUGUAAAAUAAGAUCCUUUACAGGCUUUGGUGUCUUCUGGGGUUGAAUGCAGUAAACUGAGUUCAUAAGGUUAUAUUUCCAUUCUGGAAAGCUGCCUCUAGAUUUGAUUUUGCUGUUACCUAGAAAAGAAAUGGUUGUUCUUUGCAUGUGAAAACUAGUUAUGAAACUCCUUAAAUGUCUAUCAGACUGCUUUUCCCAUUCCAGCGCUGCUUUUCCAUUCGUCCUUUUACAUUCCAGAUCUUUUAAAAGCCAUGCUGAUCUGUGUGGCUGAGAGAGGUUGUCUUUAUGCUAGUGGGUGUUUUGGCAGUAAUCAUGUGAUCAGUGUAAUCACUAUGGGGAAAGUGCUAUUUUGUUUGGAAGAUAAUGUCCCCUAUACUAGAGAGAAAAGCACUGUUCUCUUGUAAUGUCAUAAAAUUACAAAUAUAAAUUCUUUGUAUUUUUGUAUUGUUGGUUUAUGUGUAGUGUAAGAAGAUAAGAAAAAACUUUGUGACAGUUGCACAGAGGAAGAAAAUUAGUUGUCCUCUCUAAACUUUAUAUUUUUAUUUCAGAAAAACCCUGAAGUAUUGUAACUGAUGAGCAUAUUUUGCAUUUAAUUUCCUAGUGAAAUUAUCAUUGGAACUGAGAGUUUGCACAGCUAAGGUUUGUAGAUAUUCAGGUUGCUUAAGAACCCAGUAGGUUUUUAUAAAUUAAAAAAACAACCCUUUUUUAUGCUGCACUUAGGCAUGAAAACCUUCAUCUAAACAACAAGCUUUUACUUGUAUUUGAAAGUGGGACAGUAGAUUGGAAGUUCUAUAUUAGCUCUUAACAGUUACCUUUCUUGUGCGAUUCUGAAUAGCAUGGUAAGAGAGAGACUUUGAAGCAUGCAAUGUGUAUUUUCAGUGUCUUUUUAAGAAUGAAUUUUAAUUCAUUUAAAUCUUACCAAAUCGUUUGGAACACAGAAAUGCUUCUGUAUCCCUAUACACUUGUACAUCCCUUUUCACCAAAGUAUUUGAGGUUAUCUGUACCACUAUCUGGGGAGGGACCCUUACAUGCACAAGUUUAAUAUUUUAUUAUUAGACACAAUAGUAUAAGAUCUACAGAUGUAAGAUGCCAAUUAUUUGGUCCUGCAUGGUUUGGAAGUCUCUGUGUUUACAGUUAUUUUAGUUGUUGGCAGCUCUGUAUUUGUGCCACUUCUAACUUCUAAAGGCUGUUCCUCCUUGAAAGAAAUAUUCUGUGCUUGUUGUAUCAAGAAUUCUCUUAUUACCUGUAAUUGAACACUUUCUCCGAAACUGUUUGUUCAGCCUGUCAGUGACCUGUUUCUAGUUAAAUGAGCACAAAACAUUCUUUAAAUUGUGCUUUCUUUGUGUAAGUGAUUAUUCAAGCUGAUUGUUGUGAAAAUUGCUCUGCAGUCUGGCUUGAUAAAGAACUUGCAUGCGAGAACUUUUUCCGUAAGUUGAUUUGACAAUUACUCAUACUCCAGCUGUGUCAUGUAACUUUAAUGUGAUAAGUAGUAGGCAACCAUCGAUCCUCUGGAUCAUGGCGUACAUACAAGAGAUCUAAUCAGGUGCCUGAUGAAUCCGCCUGUACGGAGUCCUGCGACCAUCACACCAACACCUUUAACGUGUACACCUAGCAAGAACGGAGAUGUUGAGGCUGCCCGAGACCUACCAUCCCCCCUGAGACAGAAUCUGGAGGCCAGAUCAAGUCCAAUGCCUUGACGGCUGUAGCUUCUGCUAGAGAUCAGCAAACGCCUCAGUGACAGCGUAUUUCUGUCAAGGCGACAUCCCUUAGCCUUUCUCCAACCAGAGGACUCCCAAGGCACUAGGGGCUAGGGUUUUGAGGUACCUUAUAUUUGCCUUACUCUGGAGGUUGCAACACUGUGGUAUUUUAUAAGGGCUACCCCACCACGAGUAACCCUACCAUAAUGUUACCAGGUCUUUAGAUGCAUUAUAUGAUCAUACUCAGGACCAAAUGUGAUAUGUAAAUGUUGAUAAUUAGGGCAGUAUCUGUUGUUUGCUAACUGCAGUGUGUUUUCAAGAAGAAAUAUUUUUAUAUAGUACUCCACAAUAAAACCAAAAUAUAAAGAUUGUUUCUACAGAAAUUUUUUUUUAGAUAAAACAAAAUAUAGAUUUCAUAGAAUUGUAUUUCUUCAGAAAUGCUAACCAUAAAGUUAAACUUUCAGAUGUUAAACUAACUAUGAAACAGUUAUUAAUGGAUAAUUAUUAUCUUCUAGAUAUCUAGGCACUUUAGUUUUGGCUACGUAAAUAACAUAACCAAAUAUCAUUUGUAAAUCGUGUAAAGUGUUUGUGUUUUUUUUCAAUUUUGAAUAAAAAAAAUUCAGAUAAA